AUGCGAGGUUAUGCACCUUCUGAUCUCUCCUCGUAUUUUCCACAGAACUCGGGUUUGAACACCCCUCUUGUUGAGGAGGACAAGGAGAUGUAUGAUCUCAUUCAGAAGGAGAAGUGGAGGCAAUAUUCUUGCCUGGAGCUGAUUGCGUCCGAGAACUUCACUUCGCAAGCCGUGAUGGAAGCGAACGGUUCCGCGUUGACCAACAAGUAUUCUGAGGGUCUGCCCGGUGCCCGUUACUAUGGUGGUAACGAGUUCAUCGAUCAGAUCGAGAACCUUUGUCGCCAGCGUGCUCUCGAGGCCUUCAGCCUGAGUUCCGAGAAGUGGGGUGUGAACGUGCAACCUUACUCCGGAAGUACCGCCAACUUCUCCGUUUUGACUGCUUUGUUGGCACCUCACGACCGUAUCAUGGGACUCGACUUGCCAUCGGGUGGACAUUUGACCCACGGAUAUGCUACCGCCAAGAAGAAGGUAUCAUCUUCUGCCAUCUACUUCGAGUCCUUCCCCUACCAAGUCGACAUGAAGACCGGUGUCCUGGAUUACGACAAUUUGGAGCGCAACGCUCUUCUCUACCGCCCCAAGCUCAUCAUCUGCGGUGCCAGCGCAUAUGCACGGGAUUGGGACUACGCCCGUCUGCGGAAGAUCGCUGACCAAGUCGGCGCCUACUUGAUGGCCGACAUUGCGCACAUCAGUGGUUUGGUCGCGUCCAGCGAAGCCGCCAACCCCUUCGAUUUCUGCGAUGUGGUUACAACAACCACCCACAAGACCCUUCGUGGUCCUCGUGCGGGUCUCAUUUUCUUCCAAAGAGCCCCCAAGGGUGAGAAGAACUCUGACCUGGAGGACAAGGUUAACUUCGCCGUCUUCCCUUCCAACCAGGGAGGACCCCACAACAACACCAUUGCCGCUAUUGCUGUUGCUCUGAAGCAGGUCGCCACCCCAGCGUUCAAACAAUAUGCGAAGCAAGUCAAGGCCAACGCGGUGGCCCUCGCUGAAGCUCUCAAGUCCAAGGGCUACAAGAUCGUCACCGACGGUACUGAGAACCAUCUUGUCCUGUGGGACCUCCGUCCCAACGGUCUGACCGGCUCCAAGAUGGAGAAGAUCUGCGACUACGUCAACAUCACCCUGAACAAGAACGCCGUCCACGGCGACUCCUCCGCACUGGUACCUGGUGGUGUCCGUUUGGGCACGCCUGCCCUGACAUCCAGGGACAUGAAGGAGGACGACUUCCGAAAGAUCGCCGACUUCCUGGACCGUGCGGCCCAGCUCGCGCUUACCAUCCAGAAGUCCACCGGAAAGCUCAUCAAGGACUUCGUCGUCGCGUUGGACGCAAGUGAGGAGGUCAAGACUCUCCGUCACGAGGUCGAGGCGUUCGCAAGAUCCUUCGUUAUGCCCGGCUUCGACCCCACCUCCGUGCCUGAGGACUGCAGGCACCACUAG